UUUAGUCUUCUACGGUAGGAGAUGAAUAUUUAAAGUGUAUUAUCAUAUGAAAUUUCAGUAGGUUGGUUGUAACAGUACAAUUUUGUUGUUGAUGGAAACUUGAGGGUCCAAUUGUCUUCUAAUUUUGAUUGUGAUAUCAUUAAGUGACUUUUUCUUAUCUUUUAACUGAUUGAUCUUUGAAAUAUAAAGGACGAUGUUAAGUAUAUAUACAUAUAUGUAUUUAUAUAGACAUUGUAACUUACAUUGGCAUCUAAUGCAGGUGCGUUUGAUUGGGUAUUGCGUAGAGGGCUCUCUUUUUCUAGUCUAUGAAUUUAUCGAGAAUGGCAAUUUAAGUGAACAUUUACGUGGAGGGAGGGACCCCCUACCAUGGUCUACAAGGGUGCAAAUUGCCCUUGAUUCAGCGAGAGGACUUGAAUAUAUUCAUGAGCAUACUGUUCCCGUCUAUAUCCAUCGUGAUAUCAAAUCAGCAAAUAUACUGAUUGACAAAAACUAUCGCGGCAAGGUUGCAGAUUUUGGUUUAACAAAGCUGACUGAAGUAGGGAGUACUUCGCUGCCCACACAUCUUGUGGGUACAUUUGGAUACAUGCCACUAGAGUAAGAUAACUUCUUUAUUUACUUAUAUAUAAAAGAAAAUCAAUAUCAGCAAUUAAUCAUAGAAUUGGGUGAUGUCAUUCCAACUCUCACCCAAUCCAUAGAUUCAUGGUCAACCUUUUCUUAUAGAGCCUGAAAUUUAUCAUUGGGUGGUACUAUCGGACUUUAACCACA